UCAGGGACGCCAAAAGAAGAGGACGAAGAAAAAGAAGGGAUUAGCGAAUCCAAACAUUUGUUGUGGCCGUGUUGGCGGAUUAUUUUGCUGUAUAAUAACUGUUACGGCAAAAACAUGACAAACUUGCAGUCAUUAAGCGUUUUCGUGACAGAACGGUUAACGUUGGCUGCUCAGGAGAUUUUCAAAGCAGUCGAAGUGACCGUUACAGAGUACCACGAAGAGAUUUCCCGCUCAAGACAAGAAAAUGAGCUCCUAAAAAGGAGGCUGCUGGAGGCCGGCAUCGAUUUUUACUCAGAACUACAGCCUAGCCUGUCUGUCGUACAAGAAAGUGAGGCCAGUGUUGGGCAGCCAGUUUGUGGUGAGCCAUGGAACCAGCAGAACGAGAAGAUCCAGGUGAAGCUGGAGCUCAGCGCUGCACAGGAGGAGACCCAAGAUUCUCAGCUCCAAAUAGCCAUGGCUAAAGAACCCAUAUCCCCAAAACCGUGCCUACAAAAUGAACAGAAAAUAGAAGAAAUGUUCCAUGUACAAACCACAGACGGCAGUACGGAUACUUUACUCCCUGCUGGUCCUUUCAUGCAGAUUAAAGAAGAACCCAGUGAGCUAGUGCCUGAUUUGAGAUUAGAGACUUUCUGUGAAUCCCAGACCAGCAUUUCUGCCGAUCCAAGCAGUGCUGUUGCCUCUAGUCAUUGUAGCAGCUUUGAAGAGGAGCUGGACAGCCACAGACUAUCGUCAGUGCACAAGAGCGUGCGAUCUAAGCUUCCAUUGAUGGGUAGAGCAAGAGUUGCCCGUCACAAGAGAUGCAAUAAUUACGAUACAGUGGGACAGGAUAAAGACCUCACCCAGUGGAGAGAAAGACAUCUUAUGAAAAGGUCUCGUGGAAUAAGCAAGCUAAUAAAAGUCGGAAGAGAAAGGAAAAUGGAGCAGAAGAUUGAAAAUCAGAGAGUGCUUAAAAAAAAGGACAGACUUCCAGGCAUAGUGCAGGUGGAUGAAGCACAAAGCCUGCCAACACAGUUCCAAGCAAGCCAGAGGAACAGGAGUGAGGAGGUCAGAAAGCAUGACCAGGAGUCCUUGGAAAUGUACACAAGCCAACCUCAAGCUCUUAGCCUUGUGGGACCUAAUACCUGUGUGGUGUGUGGGAGGACUUUUAGCUCUCGAGGACUGCUGAAAAUUCAUCUGCGCGUUCAUUCAGGGGAGAAACCUUAUCACUGCCCGUUUUGUGACAAAAACUUCAGACAGUCGAGUCACCUCAGUGUACAUGUCAGAAUCCAUACUGGAGAAAAACCUUACAGCUGUCUCACUUGUGGAAAGAGGUUCAGUGACAGAAGUGCAUGUAACAGGCAUGUUAGGGCUCAUCUUGAAAAUGAUAAUCCCUAAAGGAUUAGAUUGGUUGAGACACAUUUGCUUGAGAUCACUUGUUUUUGUUUUAGAACUUCAGAACUUGUACACUCCCUACUGUUACUGAUUUUGUUUUAAAUGCUUUUAAGAUUUUGGGACCUAUAGAGACCUUAGCAUUUUAAUCUAGACUUAAAUGUAAUGUCAAAUAGCUAUAAGAACUUAACUGUGUAAUUUUGAACUCAUGGUACUUGCUGUCAAGUUAAUAAUAUAUAAAGACUUUUUCCACUCAAAGAUGCACCUUGUCUUUCAGGUAAGAAGUAAGGCUAUGCAUUCAGACUAAUUUUGAUAUUUGUGUGUCUGUAUGAGGUAAAUGUAUAUCCAGUUAACUGUGGAGAAGGAAAUAAACAAUGCCAAAAAAGAAAAAAAAAACGAUUAUGACAGAAAUUAAUGUAGGGCUUGCUUUUUUAUUUAAAA